AUGCGAACUCUUUUCGUUCUCGCCAUUUGCCUUGCCGUUGUUUUAGCUAAAAAGGCUGACAAACACUCACAUGGAAAAUCGAGUGAAUCAAAAAGCAAGGAAAGCCACUCUCACUCGAGCGAAUCCCAUGAGAAAACAAAGAAACCAAUGAGAACGACAAGAUUGAUGGGCUCAACUGGAACUGAAGAAAGAGGACUUCAUGAAACCGAACAAAUCUGGAUAAUCGGAGAAAAACUUUCA